GGGGCCGCUGUGGUUCGGCUCCCUGCUUCUGGGUAGUCUUCGCGGGGCAGUCCAGGCCGUUCGUCCCCUUCACCCGUGUCGGGGAGCCGGGAGUCGGCCCCGGCGGGAGAGAGCGCUCCAGAUGACGCUGCAGGGGCAUUGACCAUGGCACUGCUCUUGGCCGUCGGGGGCGCGACCUGGCGUUGCUCGGGGCGCCUCCCCGCGCGUCAUUUCUCCGGAGCGGCGCGGCGUGGGGAGCGGCCAGGCGGGGAGGAGCUGAGCCGCCUGCUGCUGGACGACCUGGCGCCGACCUCGCGCUCUGCGGGGGGACUGGAACUUCUGUUUGGCCUGUCCCCUUGUCUCCUGGCCCUGCGGGCCGCCCGUCGCUGCGUGACCAGGCUCCUGCUCCAGGCCGGCAGGUCCGGGCUGCAGGGGGAGAGGGCCGAGCUGCUCCGGGCGGCAGAGGCGCGGGACAUCCCCGUUCUGCGGCCCAGACGGCAGAAGCUGGACGCCCUGUGCCGCUUUCAGGUCCACCAGGGCGUCUGCAUGGAGGUGAGCCCGCUGAAGCCUCGGCCUUGGACCGAGGUCGGGGAGGCGAGGCCAGGCGACGACCCCCAGCAGCUGUGGCUCGUCCUCGAGAGGCUCCAGGAUCCCCGGAAUCUUGGGGCCGUGCUGCGUUCUGCUCACUUCCUCGGAGUGGAUAAAGUCAUCACCAGCGGGAGAAACAGCUGCCCACUCACUCCGGUAGUCAGCAAGGCCAGCGCGGGGGCUCUGGAGGUGAUGGACGUGUUCUCCACUGAUGACCUGGCCGGCUUUCUACAGGCUAAAGCCCGGCAGGGCUGGCUCGUGGCUGGCACGGUGGGCUGCCCAGGGCCUGAGAUUUCCCCGUCCUCUGAGAUCCCCACCAUUAGCUGCUUGGAGUUCCUCUGGGACCGGCCUACUGUCCUAGUGCUGGGUAACGAGGGCUCGGGCCUGUCCCCGGCCGUGCAAGCCUCCUGCCAGCUGGCCCUUACCGUCCUGCCCGGCCGGCGGCUGCCUCCUGGACUGGGGUCCUUGAAUGUCUCCGUGGCUGCAGGAAUUCUUCUUCACUCCAUUUGCAGCCAGAGGAAGGGUUUCCCUGUGGAGGGGAAGAGAGAGCACCUUCUCCAAGACCCCUGAGAACCCUCAGCCACAUCCGAAGGGCCCGGAGUGGCGCAGCACCCAGGACUGGCCUCAGGAUCAGAACAAGAGAGGCGGAAUGGGAGCUGACUUGGACUGAGUUGUGUGUACUGGAGGGCACACACCCCCACACGCUCGAAUGUGCUGGAGUCUCUUACCCAAGUGUGCACCCAGGCCCUUCUUUACUAGAGACCAGAGGAAAGUUGUUUCCUGUUUUGAUUUUGGCCUUGGGCUUGGGGGUGGCGGCUUGUUGAUCUCCAGGAUGUGCUGGGCUGGGAUAGAGGGUCUCUCCUCCAGGGCCCUGCCUGGAAAUGAAGACAUCAGAAGGGAAUCGGGCAGCCCAGUCCAGGUGUCCUGCUCCUCCUGAACCAGUGUGAGAACGUAGAGGGAGGCCUGAGUUCCUCUUGUGGAUGAGACAGGUACAAAUCCAGGCUAAACUCUGCCCCAGUGGGUUCCUUGAGCCCAUGGCUUCAUCCUUCCAUGCCUGCCUCCCAGGGCUCUUUGUGAGGAUCAAAUAAAAUCCCCUGGGCCAACUGAGGGUUCUAGGGG